CGCAGGGAGGCAGGGUGAAGCUGCUGAAACCCCGGGGUUGGAGCGACAGCUGCGGCGAUGGCGCACGAAGGCUCGAGGCAGGAGAGGCAGGUCCGAGACCGCGGGAUGACCCGAUCCAAGGCAGAAAAGGUGCGGCCGCCUACGGUGCUGGUGCCGCAGGUGGAAGUCGUGCCUGGGCGGCUCACCGAGGCCGAGUGGAUGGCUCUCACGGCACUCGAGGAAGGCGAAGACAUCGUGGGGGACAUCUUGGCCGAUCUGCUUGCGCGAGUCAUGGGCUCUGCUUUCAAAGUCUACCUGACCCAGCAGUGCAUUCCAUUCACCAUCAGCCAGGCCCGGGAGGCCAUGCUGCAGAUCAUUGAGUGGCGCUUCCUGGCCCGGGACGAGGGAGAAUCUGCAGUGGCCGAGGACCCCACGUGGGGCGAGGACGAGGAGCCCUCGGCAUGCACAACGGACGCCUGGGCUCAGGGAUCUGUGCCUGUGCUGCGCGCGCCCUCCUCGGUGGGGCUGGAGGAGACUUUCCAAGGCGAAGACCAAGGGAUCGUGGACCAGAUCCCUUUAGGAAGACCGUGGAUGGAUACAGGAGCACAGGAGCAGAUGGAAUCUUGGGAGCGUUCUCCCGAGCUGAGAGUCAUCCCUGGCGCCCCACCCACUCUGGAGCUGUUUCAAGAAAGAGGGCCCGGGCGUCCUUUAGAGGGACUGGACGGCCAGGCUAGAAGCCACCUGUCCUCGGCCGGGUCCUUGAACGGGAGCCUCCAGCCGUCGGUGGAGAUGGUGUGCAUCCGCACUCCUCCCUAUUCUCUGGAGUGCUCCCGCGUAGCCAGCCCCCAGGCCUCCGCCGAGAGGGCGCAGCCCCUCAGCUCCCAGUUCUCGCUCGAGGACCUCUACUAUUGCACGCCCCAGCUGCACGCUGCUGGGGACCGGCCGGAGCUCAAGAAGGAGAAGAUAGCCCGCGUCGCCUCGGGUGUGUCAGUGGCCAGCCCCUCUGCGGGCGACUCCACCACAGUCAGGCCCUCCGCAUCGUUCCAGCCGCAGCAGCCGCAAUGCCCGGACGCUGGGCUGAGCAUGCCUCACUACAGGGUGGGCCGCAAGGUGGCGGUGGCGCGCCUGGACCCCGCGCGGCUGCCGCGCCACUGGGUGCGCCCGCUGGCCGAAGUUCUACUUCCAGACUCCGAGGCGCGUCCACUGGAAGCCUACCGCGGACGCCCGCGGGGCAAGAAGACCGAGGCCACGGCCGGACCCCUAGCCCCCGGCCCCGGCGUCCACGUCUCCCCCGAAGUUUUCUUCCCUUUCCUGCCUGGCGUUCCUUUCCGUGCCUUAGGCCCCUGCCCCGCCCUCCAAUUACCCACUUUAAGCUUGGGCCUACCGUCGCCAGGCUUCGGAUCAAACCUGCCCUUUCCCAGACCCGGGCUCCGCUUUCUCGCCACGCACCCGGUGCUCCCUGACGUGGCCCGCACCCCCAGCCCCAAACUGUGGCCGGGUGCCAAGUGGCCCAGGGGCUGGGAUGGAGACGCCGAGUUGCUGGGCGACCUAUGGGCCGGCCGCACCUGCGUACCUCCACAGGGCCUGAAUCCUGGGGACCAGGAGGGCCAGGAUCCUCACAGGUGGCCUCAUCCUGAGCCCCGAGUCCUCGAGGCCACGUCCCAGGUGAUGUGGAAACCCAUGUUGCUGCCGGAAGCAAUGAAGCUGGCUCCUGGUGUGAGCAUGUGGAACCCAACUACCCAGGUGCUGCUCAGCUCUGCAGCAUCCCAGCAGGAGGACAAAGAAGGCCCAGCCUCUCCACCCAUUGAGCAGGACCCCAUCCAGACAGGUGCCCCGAAGCCACAGGUGACGGUGGCACAGCUAAUAAAGAACUCAACCCCCAAAGUGUGGUCACUCUCCUCCAAGUACCUGCCCCAUACUGGGUCCUGAACCUCUGGCGGUGGGAAUCCUACCUUCCUUCUGUCUGCUUGCCAGAAAUAAACACCUGAGCUGCUU